AUCUGCUUAAAAGCAAAAACAAAAUAAUUUUUUUGCAUACUUGUUCAUAAAUUCAGGUGUUGAGGUACGAUUAUGCAGAGAACCAAAAAGCUCUCAUCUCAAAGUGGAGAGAAAUUCAAACACUAAACUGUGUCUUGGUGAGAAACAAAUGUUUGCUUGACCAUCAAAAACAAAGUAAUAAAGCAGAACUUGUGUUUUUCCAGUCAGAAUGAUGUCAGUUGGGCCUUCUGGUUCUUUCUGCCCCCCACCCCCUGACUUGUGGUGUUGCUGGUUUCAGUCUCUGGCAUAAGUGGGUGUGAGGAUAAAACAGUGAGUGAAGGCAGACGAGGGUUAUCUACGGCCGUGGCGGCUACGCAAAAUGAAAUUCCUUCCGUUUAUCUUGUUGGAGACCGGCUCUAAUGAAGGAAUGUGGGAUACAGCGGCUCACACCUCCAGCAGACGGUCCGUCAGCCACGCUCUCGCUCCAAAACAAACCAUUUGGAACUUUUGCCUAGCAGAAAAUCUUUAUUAAUAAGACAUGACGGGUUUUAAACUGAAACAUCCUUUAAUUUUGGGUCAGAGUGACCCGCAGCAGCGGAGCCUGCUGGCGCCAAGGCGCCGCUGCGUUCAGGCCGAUCAGAGCAGAAUGUAAAUGACCUCUGCCACACUUUCAUCAGAAAGCACUUCUUCUUCUCUCGUGCCAUCCUGCCCCUCCCAUCCUUCUCUCUCUCCCCCCCUGGAGAAAAAGUGGAAAGUCAUUAGGCACAAAUGGGGUGGAGAGAGCUGUGGGUUGCCAUAGCCGCCAGAGUCGGGGCAGAGCGCUGCGCCGCCGAGCUCCUCGCUGCUCAGAAAACAACAGCAUGAAGUUGGAUGAACAUCCUUCAGGAUGGGACACGACCCACGCAUUCAGAGGAAUGAGGAGGUUCUCUGACAGCUCGCUGGACUAAGUGGGGUUCCAGAGAGUCCGAAGACGAUGGGCAACGCCAUGCGAGGCGCCAUCGCCUUCAUCCCCUCUGAACGCUGUCAGCGCUUCCUGGUGGGGGACCUGAAGGAGAUGCCGCUGGACAGGACUCUGGACCUGAGCGGACGGCAGCUGCGUCGGCUGCCGGCGGCCGCCUGCGUCUUCCAUGAGCUGGUGAAGCUCUACCUGAGCGACAACCACCUGAGCAGCUUACCGCUGGAGCUGCAGGGUCUGAGGAAGCUGCAGCUUCUGGCUCUUGACUUCAACUGCCUGGAAGAGUUUCCUCUGGCCAUCUGCAGGUUGUCCCAGCUCAACAUCCUCUACCUGGGAAACAACCGGCUGCAUCAGCUGCCCAGAGAGCUGAAGGAGCUGAAGGAGCUCAACACUCUGUGGCUGGAAACAAACUGCUUCACAGAUUUCCCUCAGGUGGUGUGUGAGCUCACCAACCUCAAGACGCUGCACCUUGGCUACAACCUCCUCCGCAGUUUGCCAGAAGAGCUGCGGCGGCUGGAGGAACUGCGGAGCGUUUGGCUGGCGGGGAACCAGCUGACGGAGUUCCCCCCAGUGCUGAUGCAGAUGCCGUUUCUGGCUGUGAUUGACGUGGAUCGCAACAAAAUUCGCCACUUCCCCAGCCUUUCUCACAUGCAAGGGUUGAAACUGGUCAUCUACGACCACAACCCGUGCGUCAACGCCCCGGCGGUGGGGGAGGGCGUCAGGAGGGUGGGGCGCUGGGCGGACGGUCCAGAUGAGGAGAAGGAGGAAGAUGGGGCGAAGGCUGUGAGUGGAGCUCCCCCACCUGAGGAGGUGGAGGUCCGCGCUGAGGAUCAGCAGAACCCCUGAGGGGAAGAGAGCGGCCCUCAAACGGGGUCCAGCUGUCAUCGCCACAGAGGGGCGUGGCAUGGAUGGUGAUGGAGAUGUUUAUUAAAGGUGAUCGCACAAAACGGAACAGACAAAUGUGUAAUUCUGAUUCCUAGAACGAUGUACGCCUUAAAGGAACCUUUCAGUCCCAGCCGUUCCUGUUCAUCUGUGUUUUUCAUUGCUGUACGUUUGCAUGCAGGCCUGGUUUUCCCGUUUUACAUUAAAAUAGUGGAUUUUUUACAUUUAGACGACAGAAAAACAACUUUUAUCACUACAGCUUGUUACAGAAGCAGCAGCACCAAUAUUUUAACAAGUGAAAACACAAUCAUGAAGGUUCUUUUCUGAGCUCGCGUUUUUUUCUGAAGCAUAAAUUCGUGACUCUGCAGUAAAAAUGCAUUUUAAACUUGAAAAAAAGAAAAGAAAAUGAAGGUAAAACAAACCCCAUUUGAGUCCAUGUGAUGGGUGACGUCAGCCACAGAGUGCCUCAUUGAGACAAAUGCAUAAUUUAUCUGAUAAAACUGCGCUGUGGCUUUGGAUAAAGACUGCUAAUGGGCCUUAAUAUCAUUGCCAUAAGCUUUGGGUUUGAAAGAGAAAAUAAAAGCCGGCUGUGGUUUCCCAGAGAACCAGAGAAUAUUCUGCAGAUUCAAAAUGGGAAAUACUGUACUUUAUGAAAGCAGCAAACGGGCUAUUUCUAUCAUAAAUGUGACACUUUUAACAAAUCAUGUUUUCUGUUUUCGUGGAAUUUUACAGCAAAUAAAGCAGAUUAUUUUGCACUUUGGAAAAA